AUGGGUUGUUCUACUUCAACACUUUCAGAUGUAUCUGAUCCAUACUUUCAAGAUAAAUUAAUCAAUGAUGCAAUUGAACAGUCAUUGCAGUUGAAUAAACAACAAAAUAAAAAUGGUAUUAAAUUAUUAUUAUUAGGAACUGGAGAAUCUGGUAAAUCAACAGUCUUAAAACAAAUGAAAUUAUUACAUAAAGGAGGAUUCACCCAACAAGAAAGAUUACAAUAUUCAAAUGUUAUAUGGUGUGAUAUAAUUCAACAAAUGAAAAUUUUAAUUAUCCAAGGUAGAAAAUUUAAAAUCCCAUUAGAUUGUGAUCAAAAAGAAAGUGAAUUAAUCAAAUAUAAACAUAUAAUUUUAAGAUCAGAUGGGUUACGACAAAUAGAUACUGGUGCUGCUGGCGGUAAUGAUUUUUUAAAUGAUUAUAUUAUAAAAUAUUCAGAAACUACUAAAAAUAAAAGAAAAGCUGGUCAAACUGGUAUUACCUCAAUUAUUGGUAAUGAAUCAGAAGAAAUUAUAGAUCAAAAACAAAUUAAUGAAAUUUUAAAUCAAACUAAACAACAAGCUCAAGAUUAUAAUUAUACAAGAUAUGAAAUUGCAGAAGCAAUAUCUAAAUUAUGGACACUUGAUAAAGGUAUACAAAAAGUAUAUACAAGAUCAAAUGAGUUUCAAUUUGAAUCAUCAUCCAAGUACUAUUUUGAAAACAUUUUUAAAUUUGCAAAUAAGAAUUACUUAUCUUCAGAUCAAGAUAUUUUAAACGGUAGAAUCAAAACUACAGGAAUUACAAAGACUAAUUUCUUGAUCAAUUCAUUUCAAUUCAAAGUCCUUGAUGCUGGUGGUCAAAGAAGUGAACGUAAGAAAUGGAUUCAUUGUUUUCAGGAUAUAACUUGUAUUUGCUUCGUUUUGGCAGUUUCCGAAUAUGAUCAAAUGUUAUUUGAAGACGAAACAGUUAAUAGAAUGAAAGAAUCAAUUAUAUUAUUCGAUACAUUAUGUAAUUCAAAAUGGUUUCAAAAUACUCCAUUUAUAUUGUUUUUAAAUAAAAUUGAUUUAUUUAAAGAGAAAUUAACAAUGAAUCCAUUAGGUAAUUAUUUUUCAGAUUAUAAGGGUGGUAAUGAUUUUGAAAGUGCUAUAAAAUUUUUUGAAUCAAAUUUUACAAGUUUAAAUCGAAGUAAUAGACCAAUUUAUAUUCAUAGAACUUGUGCAACUGAUCAAAAUUCAAUGAAGUUUGUAUUAAAUGCAGUUACUGAUUUGAUUAUACAACAAAAUUUGAAAAAGUCUGGAAUGAUGUAG